UAAAAGCCUCAUAGAUGAUAUUUCUCUGCGCGACUCCAUGGAUGUGGUUCACUGAGGACCAUCUGAAGAACAGGCAUGGCAGUGUCAACUAUGGUGUUCUCUGACGUGGAAAGUUUUCUGGACGCGCAUCCCGAGUUAUUCGAGGACUACCUGAACAGAAAGGGGAAUUAUAGCAUGGUGGAGAAAUGGCUCAAGAACCACAAGGCGAGCAAAAGUCCGGCGGCUGCGGGUCCCGCCGAGCCGAGAGAGGAGAAGGGCAGCGCGUGUAAGGACAGCUGGGCGAGCAAAUGUGACGGUCUGCAGAGGAGAGCCUCGCAGAAGGAGCUGCGCAAAACUUUCGCCAAAUCAAAGGCCAUCAAUGUCAACAGGACAUACGACGAACAUGUGAACUCCAGGGCUCAGGAGCCCCUGACCAGCAUGAGGAGGAGAGCCCUGCUGAGGAAGGCGAGCUCUCUGCCCCCGACCACUGCGCACAUACUGAGCGCACUGCUGGAGUCCAGAGUCAACAUCCCCCAGUACCCGUCCACAGCCGUGGAUUUUAAAUAUUACCUCAAAGAACACAACGAAAGAGAGUUUUUCCUGGAGCUUGUAAAAGACAUAUCCAACGACUUGGAUCUAACGAGUCUCAGCUACAAAAUCCUUGUGUUUGUUUGUAUUAUGGUGGAUGCAGACCGGUGCUCCUUAUUUUUAGUGGAGGGGACGGGCAACAAGAAGACACUAGUGUCCAAAUUCUUUGACGUGCACGCAGGUACUACAGUUUUACCCUCCAUGAAUUCAGAUGAAGUUCAAGUGCCGUGGGGGAAAGGGAUCAUUGGAUAUGUGGCUGAACACGGAGAGACAGUGAACAUUCCUGACGCUUAUCAGGAUCGUCGGUUCAGUGAUGAAAUUGACAAGCUGACAGGGUACAAAACCAAGUCCCUCUUGUGCAUGCCCAUUCGCAACAGCGACGGAGAGAUCAUUGGAGUCGCUCAGGGCAUCAACAAGACUUCAAGUGGAGAACUCUUCACUGAAGAUGAUGAAAAGGUGCUGCAGAUGUACCUGCCUUUCUGUGGCAUUGCGAUCUCCAACGCCCAACUCUUCGCCGCCUCAAGGAAGGAGUAUGACCGGAGUCGGGCACUCUUGGAGGUAGUCAAUGACCUGUUUGAGGAGCAGACUGACCUGGAGAAGAUUGUCAGGAAGAUCAUGCACCGUGCCCAGACAUUGCUAAAGUGCGAGCGCUGCUCUGUUCAGUUGCUGGAGGACAUUGAGUCACCGGUGGUGAAGUUCACCAAGUCGUUUGAACUACUGUCCCCUAAGUGUAGUGCAGACACUGAAAGCAGUUUCAAAGACAGCAUGGAGAAAUCGUCCUACUCUGACUGGCUCAUCAACAACAGCAUCGCAGAGCUGGUAGCUUCCACAGGACUCCCCGUGAACAUUAGCGAUGCCUAUCAGGAUCCUCGCUUUGAUGCUGAGGCAGACCAAUUCUCGGACUUCCACAUCCGCUCUGUGCUUUGUGUUCCCAUAUGGAACAGCAACCAUCAAAUCAUUGGUGUCGCCCAAGUGCUGAACAGGCUCGAUGGGAAACCAUUCGAUGACGCAGACCAGCGUCUCUUUGAAGCGUUUGUGAUCUUUUGUGGACUGGGCAUCAACAACACCAUCAUGUACGACCAGGUGAAGAAAUCUUGGGCCAAGCAGUCUGUGGCUUUGGAUGUUCUGUCUUACCAUGCCACUUGCUCCAAGACUGAAGUUGACAAAUUCAAGGCUGCCAACAUUCCCCUGGUCUGCGAGCUCGGCAUCGAUAAGCUCUCCUUUGACGACUUCUCCCUGGACGUUGACGCCAUGAUAACGGCCGCUCUGAGGAUGUUCAUGGAGUUGGGGAUGCUGCAGAAAUUUAAGAUUGACUAUGAGACACUGUGCAGAUGGCUGCUGACAGUCAGAAAAAACUACAGAAUGGUUCUCUAUCACAACUGGAGACAUGCCUUCAACGUCUGCCAGUGCAUGUUUGCCAUGCUAACGACGGCAGGCUUCCAGGAGACCCUGACAGAGGUGGAGAUCUUAGCACUUAUUGUGGGCUGUGUGUGCCAUGAUUUGGACCACAGGGGAACCAACAACGCUUUUCAGGCAAAGACGGGCUCAGCCCUUGCUCUGCUUUAUGGGACCUCUGCUACGCUGGAGCACCACCACUUCAACCACGCCGUUAUGAUCCUGCAGAGCGAGGGUCACAAUAUCUUCUCCAACCUUUCGUCCACAGAGUACAGUGACCUCAUGCAGCUGUUGAAACAGUCGAUUCUGGCCACAGACCUCACACUUUACUUUGAGAACAGAAACACUUUCUUUGAGCUGGUCAGCAAAGGAGAGUACAACUGGAAUGUGAAGGGUCACAGGGACAUGUGCAGAUCCAUGAUGAUGACAGCGUGUGAUCUUGGUGCUGUCACUAAACCUUGGGAAAUAUCACGCAAGGUUGCAGAGUUGGUGACCAGCGAGUUCUUCGAGCAGGGCGACAGAGAGAGAUCAGAGCUGAAGCUCACGCCCUCUGCCAUCUUUGAUCGAAACAGGAAGGACGAGCUGCCGGGGCUCCAGCUGGAGUGGAUUGAUGGAAUCUGCGCGCCACUGUACGAGACUCUGGUCAAGUUGAAUCCCAAACUUCAGCCAAUGGUUGACAUGAUCAAAGCUAACAGGGCCAACUGGGAAGAACUGAACAAGAAGAGACAAGGCGGUCAAAGUGUUUCUCCUCCCGCGAGCCCCUGCAGUGGAGACAGCACAGAAAGAAGCGGCUGCACUGUGGCCAAAACGGGCGUCACACCCUGCUGCAGCGGUGAUGCAGACGGCACACCAUCCAAACCUGUUAGUUAGCUUCUGACGCCAUCUCCGAGCUGACCUCUUAGGCUUAUGUCCUCUUAAAUGCAGCCUGCAACAGAGGCAGUGCAGUGCAUGCAGAGGUUCUUGGGCUCUGCUCCUCUUUGCUUUUGCUGCUAGAGAUGAGCUUUAGACUUGAGCGCGGCGCUAUCAUAGAGGUUUUUCUGCUCCCUUCAGUGUUCCUCUGCUGAAGGCUGACAGAGCUGUGUUUGGUGAGCUUGUCGGAGCAGCUACAAAUCAGCUGAUGACACCACGUCAGAAAGGAAACUCAAACCACUGUGUCAACAUGUCAACCAUGUCAACACUAACUAUUCUGGGCAUUGCACAGAUUUUCGGCACAAUAAGGCAUGGAGAAUAUUGGAGAGGAAUGUUUGUCUCUGCUGUGGUUCGUUUUGCUCUCAGUACCUCCUCGUUGCUCGCAUUUUGUCUGGGGUAACAGAGAUAUUUUUUGUAAAUCUGUACAUAAGCUGUUAUUUACAAGUGCUGUUUAAGAACCUGUAAGCUCUGGAUUGUAAUGUGGCUGUAGAGUUUCUGAAGGAUAAAGGGGUGCAGGAACAGCAGGACCUGUGACAGUGCUUGCAAUGCAAAUUGAGUGCUCCGCUCCCUCCCUUCCUGUGCCUUGUUUUAAGAUCCUAAUGAAAAAUGCAUGGCCUCCUCACCAAGAUUCUUAGAUAGUAUGGAAACCCAUGUUGAACUAGGACAUGUUUUGCCAUAAUUUAUAAAAACCAAUGACUGCAGUCACGUCUUGACCCCAUGUUAGCCACAAAGCAUCAACAUUAUAUAGAAAUCUAUUUUGCCCAGUUUUAUAAAUGCAGGGUCUCACUUGUCACACACAAACACACACAAUGUGCCUUGAUGACAUUGUUCUGAUAUCACAUUCAUUUCUGCAGAAACUUAACACUACAAUACAUCUAAUAGAAACUCCUCACUAAACUAUUAAAAAACCCAACAAGAAUUACCACCCCGCAGUUAUAUACCUCCACACACUGGUCAAGUUUCUCUUACAGUUUACUUCCAUGUCUAUGAAAACACGAAUGCCUCAUACACACAUCCUCCCCUGACAGCACAGAAGAUCUAUACAAUCAGCACAGUUUCAAGAUUAGUGUCACCAAUUCAGCAUCUGACCAAAUGUCUCCCCUUCUGUUCCUGAGUUAUGACGUUAAGUGAUGGCAAGAGAAGUGUUUUAUACAGAACAUUUUAUGAUGUCACAGUGAAGUUGACCUUUGACCUUUUGGAUAUAAAAUGUCAUCACUUCAUCAUUAUAUUCUAUUAUACAUUUGUUGGAAUUUUUGUCAUGAUUGGCGUAUGUAUUCUUGAAUUAUGGCCAAAAACAUAUUUUGUGAGGUCACACUGACCUUCACUAUUGACCACCAAAAUUUAAUAAGUUCAUCCUUUAAGUGGAUGUUUGUGCCAAAUUUGAAGAAAUUCCCUCCAGGCGUUCUUGAGAUGUGUUCACAAGAAAGGGACAGACGGAUGUAUGGAUUACAUAUGUACGUACGGACAACCCCAAAAUAAAUGUUUCCGGCCAUGGCUAUCUCCAGUGCUGAGGCAUAAAAAGAAUAGUUUGAAAUUUAAAGAAAUACACUCACUCAAACAGGGCAUACACCAUAUGAUUUGAGCCUGUUUUAGAAAUGUUGCCAACUCCCACUGUACAAGUAAACCAUCUGCAAUAUAAAGCCAAAGCUCACGAUUUAUGUGCUCACACUGUAUGUGUAAAAUAGAACAGCCUUUCGGUGUUCUGGCACCUAGCGGGUCAAUAAAGAUUUGUUCGAAAGCUCAGGGGCUGCCGGCAGGUACAAGUUUGCUAAUGGAGGUACAGUUCACAAUAAUGUAGAGGCAGACAUCCCAAAAGGACCGUAAAAGUCAGUUUAGGGAAUUGACUCGUGGCUCAGCGUCAACUAUGCAAGAGCCUGACAACAGCUAAUUAAAAUUUCUAGCACGUCAGAAAUUCAUCUGAACGCCCGACAGCCGUUAGGAAGCAGUUCAUCAUGUUUUGAUUGGUCUUCCAUCCCCCCUGUGCACUAAAUGGGAAAUGUGCCCAAUGAAGUCAAAAUUCCGUCCAACUUUGUAAAUUAGUUCUGCAGCUCAAAAGUCAAAUCAGAAACAGCCUCAAAUCAUACCGCUCAACUUUAGAAGACGGGAUACUACUCUCAUAUCUGUCUCUUUAAAGGGGCAGUGUGUAGGAUUUUGCGCCAUCUUGUGGUAAGGUUGCAGAUUACAAUCAAUUGAAUGCCCCUCCGCUCACCUCUUGCUUACAGCCACCUUCAGUGGCCUUCAGGUAAGAAAAUAAUGUGAAAGUCCCCCUCUAGAGCCAGUGUUUGGUUUGUCAGUUCUGGCCGACUGAAGAAACAUGGCAGUCCCUGGAAGAGGACCCGCUCGUUAUGCAGAUAUAAAAGGUUCAUUCUAAGGAUAGAAAUAUAGAACGGUUCUUAGUUUCAGGAGAUUAUGAACAAAUAUUACAGUCCCGUUCUGCCAAUAGAUUUCCCUAAAUCCUACACACUGCUCCUUUAAAUAAAGCUAGAGUUGGCCAACGGUUAGCUUAGCUUAGCACAAAGACUAUAAAUAGCUUAUCUGGUUGGGGUCUGCCCAUUGGUCCGACAUUCCAUUGUUUCGACCAUAUUAAACCCAUUGUUCCGAAGUCCCACUGUUCUGAAAUCAUCAUGAUGCCCUGUGGUUAAGGUCUGGUUAGGUUUAGGCACAAAAACCACUUGGUUAGGGUCAGGAGAAGAUCAUGGUGUGGGUUAAAAUGAAAAAGAAAGUGGCAAACACAUAAGCCGUGAGCCUGCUCCGCCUCAAGCCUUUCCCAGCUGACCCAGAGCCGGUCGUGGCGCACCAUCAAGGCAGAAAUACCAUUAGCAAUUCAGCACCGCGGAAAGCUCCCCACAUAACCCGGACCCCAGAGUUAAUAACAGGAGGUUAUGGUGUUUCAUUCUCUCCCCUCUAUGACACUUGUAUCUCGACCAGUAGCCUACUUUUGUUGCGUUGCUGAUCCUCUAUGGUACACAAAUACAGUAUAGCCUAGUAUGAUCACAUAUCGGAACAACGGGACGUCGGACUAAUGAGAGGUCGGAACAAUGAGAGGUCGGAACAAUGCUAUGGCACCUAUCUGGUUCUGUCCAAAGGUUAUAAAAUCCACCUACCACCACCUCCAAAGCUCAUUAAUGAAAAUGUCAUAUUUUGUUUGUGUAAUCUGGACAAAAAGCAAACUUAACUGUUUUAAAAGGGGUGAUGUGUUGGACUAUUUCUUGGCCAGGACAUGCUACUUUCUGCGGCCUUUCCUGGUUGCCUAGCAUCUUGCCAGAGUCAAGAAACAGUCUGACACAGAACCCCCCAUAAAACAACAAACUGGUGUUUUUAGCCUUCAGCGUUUGUACGAAGUAAACAAAUGGAAUAUAAAAGUAAGUGUAUUUCCUAAAAUGCUGAAAUUUUGCCAUCAGUCUGAUUUCUGUCCUUUUCUCAAAGCUCACAGAUGCUACUUAAACAAUGUUUAUCAUCUCCAAAAGAAGAAUGAGACACCGAAACUUGUAGUAGGCCCACUGAAGUGCCCAUAGUCACAAGCUAUUGUUUUGAUAUUAUUAUUAUUAAGUAUUAUUCUUUUGGGUGGGGGUAUGCCUUAUGAAUUGUGUUGUAGCUUUGUUAAUCAGAGUUUAAAAUGUGACUGUGCACAUUGUGUGGCAUGGAUCUGUGUACUCUACUGUAUUUUAGUUGAAGAUCUGAAUUGAAAUCGACCAGAACCGUUUUGAAUCGCAUGUUUUAUGCAGUAUUAAAUUCAACCACUUGCUAAGGAUGUAGCAAACGUGAGCCAACAAAUACCUCGUACUUUGAACUUCAUCAGUAAACACAUGAUCUCAUUGGAAAUGCAUGGUUUAAAUUCUAUUAUUGCAUCAUGUUAUGUGAAUUAUGAAUAUCGCUGUUCUAUUUUUCUAUUAGGUCUCCAAAUGUGGCCAAACUUCUACUUUGUCUUUUUUGCAAUGUAAUGUGCUUCUUGUAUUUCUUCUUUCCUCUCCCAGUUUGGAGUCUGGAUUUAUUAAAGGCAGGCUAAACUGAAAGAAACGUAAGGCAUGAAAAGGCAAAUGUGCAAUGUUUCUGUUCAGAGUUUAA